GAAGGCUGUAGGCGGUUUCCAGGCGACGGCGGUCAAAAUUCGCCUCAAAGAAAAAAAGAAAAACCUCAAGGAAAAAAAAAGUUUUCCCGCGGUGCCACUGAAACCUCGCGCGGACACCACUCCACUGCUUAGGCGAUCUCCACGUGAACGCGGGCAUCGUCCGAGCGCUGUUGGCUACGUACGGUGCGAAAGAAGUUCAACAACAACUGCCCCCAACAGGAUUCGUAAUGGUGGCCGGGGGCUACUGGGAGGCGGGCGGGCUGGCUGUGCUGGUGGCCGCCUGCUAUUACAACAGCCUGCACUGCGGCUUUGUGUUCGACGACAUCUCGGCGAUCCGCGACAACAAAGAUCUCCGGCCGUCUACGCCGCUCGUCAACCUCCUGCGCAAUGACUUCUGGGGCACGCCCAUGGCGGAGGAGAAGAGCCACAAGUCUUACCGACCGCUCACGGUGUUCACCUUCCGCCUGAACUACAUGGUGAGCGGCCUGGAUCCCGCAAGCUACCACGCAGUGAACGGCGUGCUGCACUGGCUCGUGUGCGUGCUGUACCUGCGCGCAUGCCGCCUCCUGCUGAGUCCCGGUGCCAGUCGUGUCGCCGCAGCCCUGUUCGCCUUGCACCCGGUGCACACCGAGGCCGUAACAGGUGUAGUGGGAAGAGCUGAGCUCCUGUCUUCCAUAUUCUUCCUGUCCGCCUUCCUGACCUACACCAAGUCCAAGGGACCCAAAAAUUCCAUUGUGUGGUGGCCGAUCACGCUGACGGUUCUCCUCGUGGCGCUCGCCACUCUCUGCAAGGAGCAGGGUCUCACCGUCAUCGGCGUCUGCUGCGUCUAUGAAGUCUUCGUCGCUCAAGGCCUGACGCUGCGCGAUGUGCUGAGUGCAGCACGCGCAGUUGUGGUGAGCGAGAAGGGAGGCGGCACUGGGCUGCCCCCGUGGGUGCGCACCACCGCUGCCAAACUGCUGGUCCUUGUGUCCAGCACACUGCUUCUACUGCUGCUGCGAGUGCAGGUCAUCCAGUCGCAGUUGCCUGUCUUCACCAAGUUCGACAACCCGGCAGCCGUGAGCGGCUGGCCUGCACGCCAGCUCACCUACAACUACCUGCUGCCACUCAACGCGUGGCUGCUGCUGUGUCCCGCUACACUCUGCUGCGACUGGACCAUGGGCACGGUGCCGCUGCUGGUGACGCUUGCCGACCCCCGCAACAUGGCCACGCUGGCGAUGUACGCCGCGCUCGGCUGCCUGGCUCAACGCGCCCUCACUGGUGACCGGGCGCUCGCCAUGGCUCUGUCUCUGCUGGUGCUGCCUUUCAUCCCAGCCUGCAACCUCUUCUUCCCCGUGGGGUUUGUCGUGGCAGAGCGCGUUCUCUAUGUGCCCAGCAUGGGCUUCUGCAUGGUCGUGGCCAUGGGAUGGUACAGGCUGUCUCACCUCAGGGCCGUGCGCGUGCUGACGUGGGCUGGCCUGGUCCUCCUGCUGGCGACGCAUGCCGUCAAGACCGUGCACCGCAACGGCGACUGGGAGACGGAGUACACGCUUUUCACGUCGGCGCUCAAGGUGAACAAAAACAACGCGAAGCUGUGGAACAACGUGGGCCACUCGCUGGAGAAUCAGAUGAACUACACGGGGGCACUGAACUACUUCCUUCAGGCGGCGCGCGUCCAGCCCGAUGAUGUCGGUGCGCACAUGAACGUGGGCCGCACUUUCAAGAAUCUGAAUCGCACGCGGGAGGCCGAGGACGCCUACACACAGGCCAAGGCGCUCAUGCCGCAGGUGGUGCCAGGCAGGAAGUAUUCAGCGCGAGUGGCUCCAAAUCACCUGAACGUGUACCUGCACCUGGCGAGCAUCAUUCGCACCAACGAGUCUCGCCUGCAGGAGGCCGACUCGCUGUACCGCCAGGCCAUUGCCAUGCGGCCCGACUUCACGCAGGCCUACAUCAGCCGUGGGGAGCUGCUGCUGAAGAUGCAGCGGCUGCCAGAGGCGCGCGCGGCAUACGAAAAGGCCGUGGCGCUGGACGGGGACAACGCCGACCUCUGGUACAACCUGGCCAUUGUACACAUCGAGCUGCGGCAGCCGCGCGACGCCCUCGCCCACUUUGAGCGCGCGCUCGCCCUCAAGCCAGCGCACCGCCUCGCGCUCUUCAACUCCGCCCUGCUCAUCCAGGAGACUGGUGCCAGCGAUCUGCUGGAGGAGGCUCACGGGCGGCUCCUGCGCUACGCCGAACUGGAGCCCUCCGACGAGAAGGCCUACUUCAACCUGGGCAUGGUGGCCACCGACAUGGGCCGCGCAGACGAGGCGGAGCGCUGGCUCCGGCGCGCCGUCGCCCUGCGGCCCGACUUCCGCGGCGCGCUCUUCAACCUGGCGCUGCUGCUGGUGCAGUCGCGGCACGAGCUGGACGCGCUGCCCGUGCUCGAGCAGCUGCUGGAGCACCACCCGCAGCACGCCAAGGCGCUGGUGCUGCAGGGCGACGUGCUGCUGAACCGGCGGGGUGACGCGGCCGGCGCCAGGCGCGCCUUCCAGCGGGCGCUGGCCGCCGAGCCGGGCAACUCGCAGGCCAAGCACAACCUGUGCGUAGUGAUGUUCGAGGAGGGCGAGCUAGCGCGUGCACACGACUGCCUGCGCGAGGCGCUGGCCAUGGCGCCUGACGAGGAGUACAUCCGGCGUCACCUCGCCGUCGUGGCUGCAAAGCUCGCCGAGCACGAGCGGCAGCAGCACCAGCAGCAGAACCAGCAGCAGAACCAGCAAGAGCAACAGCAGCAUCAGCAGCAGGAGGAGGUGCGCAAUCGGCAGCAACAACAGAAUCGACAGAAACCGCCGAACCAGCGAGAGCAGGAGCAGAAUGAUUACGUAGAGCAGCAUCGGGAGAGUCAUCAGCAGCAGCAGAGUAGUGAUGAUGUCGGAGAGGAACCGUCGGGGAUGAGGAGUCACCGACGAGAUAGUGAUAGCCUGAGCCCACAGGCAGAGAAUGAUGGGAGGAAGCUCAAGGAGGAUGUGGAUGGGACGAGCGAGGCCCCUGCUGGGCGGGCCCAGGACAUUGAGCGGAAGCGCAGAGAAGCGCUGAAGCGGCUGGAGGAGAUAGAGCGAGCGUUAGAUGGCAUCUAGGGGAUAGUCCGGGACGGGAGUUCUCAACCCAUGGGCCUGCUGAGAAUCUGGAGGAUGCAAGCACCAAUAGUGAGGAUUCAGACAAGGCUGCGUAACUUUGCACACAGGUAGCUUUUUUGUUGUUACAAAGCCAAGACAAAGUUGACUGUACAGGCGACCCCCGCACCUUCGACCUAAGUCGAACCCCUAUUUCCCAUAGGCGCAAUAUUAUACAUUGGAGUUGCAUUCUUGGUAAACCCAUUACAUACCAUGUAAUACAAACAUUUACCACGAAAAUUUAUGAAAACAACCCGAACAAACAUUAUUGUAACUUAAAAUAACCUUUACACACAUUUAUUAAGUAAAAACAGACACUUAUAUUUGAAAAUCCUCAAGUACUUUUCUGCAUCUUCUUUUAAGCCGUAGCGAAAGGUGAAAAAAAAAUUUUUUUCUAAAUUUACAGAGAAUUUACGAAGAAGUGAGGAGCGAUGUGAAAGAGAUGCUGCGUUUGCUCUCGGUGCAGCUGCAGACUGUCGGGCGAGACUGUACAUAGGCAUUCAGCAGAAGAACAAAGCAGCGCUACCUGGUGACGAUUGUGCCCAUAACACGCGCAGAUUUGUUGCCAACCGACUCGGUGUCGGUAGCAGCUGUUAGGUGGUCGUAGAUACGAGUUUUGGUCGUUACUGUGGGGGUCUUAAUUACUAUAACAAAGGUCGUAAAAGCGGAGGGUCACAAGUCGAGCCGGCGUAAGUCGGGGGUCACAUGUAAUUAAGAACAAGGCUCUGUUGUCAACCUAUGUCGCGUUGUCUGCAUUAUUUUAUUAGGCAAUUCUAAUGCGGUAAAUAUGUAGCAUUAUUGACAGGCUAGCCAUUAAUGACUGUGGGGUCAUUAUCUGGCAUGAUGCGCUUUUCCCAUAAGUCAGUUGAACGUUGUGGCGUCGUGUAGGGCUGUGGAUGCCACAGUAACUACGAUCACAGGAAGCUGCAUCACAGGAAGUUGUCACAUCACUCCGAUGGUGAGAAAUCACCCUGUACAAAUGUUCUACUUGUGGGCUAUGCUUAGGAGGUUCACAGAAUUUCUAUAAUCAUUGGUCAUUAUUUAUCGAGCAGAUGAGCAACUGAGUUUCAAGGCCUUUUGUUUUAAGGAGAGCUGCUUCGGAUGUUGGACAAUCCCUCAUGAGUAUUAUUGUGUGCACUAGAUGGAACUGAAGUAUCUGGAGAAGAUGCAUGCAGACGAGGAGAACGCACUAAAAUAAAUCCAUCGUGGGCGUAAGUCGGGAAUCUACUUCCUGUGCUGCCUCUUUCGGUCAACCUUGAUGUCACCUGCAGAUUGGACACCUCAAGAUCACCGUGUUCUAUGCACAGUCCGCCGCCAAUCCCACCUUUGUUAUCUUUACCACUCAACAAAGUGCUCAGGGGUCUGCACGGCAUCUUUGAGUCGGCGCCCCUUCACGCCUACUUCUGCAACCCUAAAUGAUAAUAUAACACUAUUCUACACAACACUAAUUGCUUCCUGUCGCUGUUGCAAAAUGAACAUCUGACCUGUAAGCACUGCUGUCACAGUCUCAUCAUUGCUAUCCUGUCUGGCUUCAGUCUUCCCAUUGAUCACCAACAUCCAGUGCCUGUAUCGGUAAUUUCCCCUGUAUUCGUCAUGUACGUGGGCCAUACCAACCGCAACCUCUUUUACCUUUCAUAAAGUCCUGGCCUGAUACAUUUCGCGAAGAA